AUGGGUCAGCAUUACCACGUUUCCUCCCUCUUACUACUUGCAUUUCUUAAUUUAUUCUUUAUUCAUGGCAACAUAACUGGUGCGGCUGUACGCCACCUCUUAGAGACACCCGUCCCAGAGAUACCUAAACCAGAACUACCGAAAGUUCCAGCCUUGCCAAAGCUUGAAAUCCAAACUCUGCCUAAGCCUGAGCUGCCAACCAUACUAAAGCCUGAGAUCCCCGCUGUUCCGAAGCCCCAGCUACCAACUGCCCCAAAGCCCGAGUUACCAACUUUGUCAAAGCCUGAAUUACCAACUUUGCAAAAGCCUGAGAUUCCAGUUGUGCCAAAACCCGAGCUUCCUUCUCUGCCAAAGCUUGAGAUUCCAACAAUGCCAAAACUCGAGCCUUGAAAAAGUCAGAAGUUCCAGCAAUGCCAAA